ACCUGCAGCCUCCGUUGCGGCUGCAGCUCCGCGCUGCACCUAUCGCGCUCUCUGCACAUUCUCUAUAAAUGCACGUGCGCACAUCUAUAUGCAUGUGAGAAUUUUUUUCUUUCGUCGUUAACGCGAGACACGUGCCACGGCGACUCGUGUCAAUUCGAGGCUCGAUAAGUUCCCUCGUUGGUCACGUGGAUACGCAGAUGCAAAGCACCUGGAGCCGAAACAGCUGUUGGCUAGUUAUUCCUACAUUUCCGCUAUAGAUUCGAAGUGCAUACUAUGACGUGUGUUGCGCCUACGCAAUGUUUUAUCGUGACACUUUGCAAGUGAUUCGGAUCAGCAUCACUAACUUGAUCGAUGAUCGAUUGAUCAAGGAAAUCUGUAAAAGAUUAUUUGAAAUGACUUUCUUUUACAAGCAAUUAUAGAGAUGUCUAUGAAAAGUUUAAAAGCAGCAGAUAUCCUGGAGGCUUUAGAAUCGAAGCUCGCAUAUAUUCCAGGUGGUCGUGAUCGUGACGGACGGCCUUUAAUAGUAAUUAGUGUUCCUCCAGAACUUGAUCCAACAACAAAACCGAAACUAGAAUCUCUUAUUUUAUAUUUUUUAUCAAUUUUCAGUGAAGAAACGAAAGAAAAGGGCUUGGCUUUAAUUGUGGACGCGCGUCGUGGUGCCUGGCGUGUAGCUAGAUCCUGUAUUAGGCUAUCCACGAAUCUCGCAGGAUCAACAGUCGUUUCCGUGAUUGUAGUCCGACCUGAUGGUUUCUGGGACAAACGUGUCGAUAGUUGUACCAAGUCGCACAAGGAGGGCGAACCAAUAUACGUUACUUUAACGAGGCUGCAUGUUUAUAUUGACUUUUCUCAAUUACCGUACGAGUUGGCAGGUAAUAAGGCAUACAAUCACGUCGAAUGGAUUAAGAAACGUAUGAAAAUAGAAGAUUACUCGAGAGAUGCGUUAGAAUUAAUAUCAAAAAUGACAAAUUUACAUCAAAGAUUGAAUACUCUUGAUGGUAUUCGUAUGACGCAAUCAGAUGAUGAUAUAGAAUCUUAUUGGGAGAUUGGUACGAAAUUAUUAUCAACCGCGCGUCAUAUACUCCAAUCAGGUAGAAAUCUAGUCAGUUCUAUGAGCAGAGAGUGCUCCAAAGAUACUUUGGAUAUGAUUAAAGAAAUCCAUAAGCUGCUCGAUUCUAUCGAAUUAAAACAGAUGGAUAUUGAAAAUUCGUGGAUAGAAAUGGAACGAAAUCUGGAUACUGCCAGAGUAAUCGAAGAUCUCGAGCAGGGUGUAUCGAGCGUUACCGAUUGGAUCUUGGGUCCAGCGGAUAUGAUGCUGAAUUCUUGCUGUCAGGUUGGUUUCGAUGUUUCUUCCUCUGAGGAACUGCGAAGACAGCACGAAAAGCUAGAGCUUCAAUGCCGGGAAACUUAUGGGCGAUAUGCGGAAUUGCUUCAUAAAAUUGAUAGUCUCCCGAAAAGCAGGCUACCAGAAGACUUAAAAUCUCAGAGAGAUUUCAUGGAUUUUGUUUGUCGUAGUUUUGCUUCACGACUCGAAAGACGUAGAAAUGUAUUGAUCACUUCGCAAAGAUUUUUUAGGCUUGUUUCUGAAUACUUUGAUAAGACGAGUGAAGUAUUUGAACAAUUAGUCAUGGGUACCAGGAAUUAUAAUUUGUCUCAGGCGAGCGUUAAGCUCUUAACAUUGGAGAAAAGUCAAACAGUUUUAGACAGUUUAGAGCGCGAACUCGUAAAGGAGGGCGAAAAAUUGUCGGAUAUUCUCUCUAUGCCCGUGAAGGAUGCGCUUGGACGAGAAGUUUACGUUAAUUAUAAUGAAGACAUCGUAAACGUAAAAGAUAUAUUAGACGCAACAAACGCUAGGAAAAAUAUCUUUAACGAUAGCGUGGAAUUACAAAAGCUGUCGUUGAAACAAGUAGCCUUGAUACAUAUGUACGAAAGCGAUGCCGAACAAGCUGUUGAAUGGUUGAAGGAUCUUUUUGACGUAUUACUUCGAAAUCAUAUGGAAGUUGGAUGUAACACAAAGGAGAUACAAUCGCAGAAAGAAGAGCACCAAUCCUUUCAGGAAACUGCGAAGGGGACUUAUGAGUACGGUGGUCAGUUGGUGAACGGUGCCCGCGUACUGAGACUAUCUUGCAGAAUAUCUUUAGAGAGCAACGCUGGUAUCUUUUCGAGAUUGCGGCAAGCUUGGCGGCAGUUUCGAUCUGUUAGUCAAGAGCAGCUAACUAGACUGCGAGUAUGCGCUGUCUUUCACAGGAAUGUUGAAGAUCACUGUACCAGAUUGCAACACUUGGUGGAAACGGUCACGAUCCUGUAUCGUGCUGCAAAAGACGAGGAUGCAGAAGCAAAAUCGCGUAUCAGAGCAGACAUAAGAGUCAUUCUUGAUAAUCGAGAAAAACUUUUAUUGGAGGUUGGUCGGAUGAUGAGGCUAGGUCGCCUUCUCAAGACGAGAUUAAAAGAACCUCUUUAUCAACAACCGAUGUCCGAAGCCGAGGAUACUUCGAUUCUCGGCAGUAAUCUGACAGCUGUGGAAGCUAUCUCGGCGAAAUUGGCGGAAGUUACGCGUCUCGCGGAAAAACUGGAUGCGAGACUAUGCGAAGCCGGAGCUAGAACUCGACCGAUAUCUAUUCCUACCGCUGUGACGUCUUCCGCUUCGUCCUUGCUCUCGAUAUCUACUAUAUCGCCGUCAGGCACGCCCAUCCGUACGACUUCUAUCGCCACCGCACCGGCAUCGGGCGAGACAGCUUCGACCGCGUCUGCGAUCGCUCAAAUACGUCCAGCAUCUUCGGAAGCUACGACUGUGGUAGGCAAGUCUGUAACUCCUAUGGCGGAAAAAUCCGACGAGAGUGUACUUCACAUCCCCCGCUCACAUUCCACAGAAGAUGUCGAGACAUCGAUUAAAGAUUCCGGUACCAAGGAGCUUAUUGAAAAUCCUCGUAGCGAAAAUACGACAGAAGAAUGCAAUGUAGAGGGUUAUACAACAGCGACUGAAUGCUCAACAACUCCACCUUCGCGUUCCAGGAGCGAAUCUUUUAUAACAUCGCCGGAAUGCGAAGAUCUUUCUACGACGGCUCCUGUGACGAGUUUCGAUUCUACUUGGUGGGCCACCGAAACGUCUAAAGUAACUACCACCGCGGAACCUCUUGUUGCUGCUUCGAGCAAUGAAAACCAGACGCUGAAAUUUACCGAAGCAACGUCGAAUAUUUGCGCUACAAAUGGAAUUAAACCAGCAACGCAGAUUGAAACGAUGGACAAAAUCACUGACGAGAGAGCAGGCAGAAUUGUAAAAGAAGUAACCGAGACGACCGUUUUACGCGUGUCGCACGAUAUUCGAUUAGGAGUAGCCUCUUACAAAUUGACAUCUAAUGUAAUUCAAGAUCAUCGACAACAUAUCGAUGCAAAGAAUCUUCAAAAUGUAGAACGUGUGCUACCAGCGGAAUGUCACGAAAGAAUGGACGAUACUCAACGUGAUCUUGAUUUAUCUCACUAUAAAGAAUCUGAGAAUUAUGGCGAUAAAUGCCCGAAGAAAAUCCAAUCGGAUCAAUACAUUACAACAAAACUCAUGAAGAUCCGAGAGCAUAUGUUGAAUGACAGCUCGCGCUCUGAUUUGAGAGAGUACGAAGAUAUAUCUUGGCAGGAUCUUUUGCGGCAUCACGAAGAUAGUGGAAUCGACAUGUCGCCGAUGAAGAAGGAUGAUAAUUUGGAAGGCGAAGAUUUUUUGGAAAGAGCGAGGAAAAGUGGCGAAUGGUUGAAGCUGAAAAUACUCGAGCUACAACCAGAACUAACGAGACUCGGUGCUUCCGCAAAAGAAGCCACGGAACUCUCUAACGCGCACGACCAAGUAUUACAUCGAUUACAGAACAAGCAGAGUCCGGUGGAAGAAUUGUUACGACAGGCUGAUCAAUUGAUUGCGACCCAGAAAUCGAAAGCGGAAGUAUAUGCAGCCAUGGCAGAGACAUUGGGUCAAGCGUGGCGCGAUGUAAAUCAACUUUUAGAACGUCGUAAAGAAAUACUUGACAGAAACGUUUUAUUUCAAUGUCGAGCGACAGAAUGUAGAGAGAGUAUGGAGGCGUUGGAAAUGGCAUGCAAUGACACGUUGCUUCCGAUCGAGAUCGAGGCGGUGAAAAAUUUUCUAUCCAGGAUCCAGGAUCUUCGCAAAGAUAUGCUGGAAGCGUUGAUGGGUGCAUUACGGGAAGGCAAGGCGUUGCUGGACAAACUCAAGGAAUUGGCAAACGAAGGCACCUUAGACUCCAGGCCGGAUACGAUUAAAGACGAAGCUAAUCACGCCGUGCUACGAGUUGAAAGGUGGCUGGAGGAGCUUCACGACAGACGGCGGCUGAUCGAAACGUCUUUUCGUAACAGAAAAACUCAAUUGGAACAAUGCCUCGCUCUCGCGUUGCUCGCGACCGAUCUUCGCGAUCUCGAAGAAAUCCUCAACGACAGAAUCGCCGCCUUAGCGAAUAGCUGCGAUCAGUUAGGAGAUUCUGCAUCUAGCGCCGAAUUGCUUCUUUACGAACUAAAAAAAUUGCAAGCCGAAGCAAAGGAAUUUCAAGACAGAGCUAUUAAAAUAACUAAAUCGACCGAACGAUUAGUGUCAUCGGGACACUUUGCUGGCGAACAAGCGACCGAACAGGCAUACGCGAUUCUUAGCGUCGCCACUGAUUAUGUCAACGACUUGGAUCAGCAUAAUAUAUUGUUGAACAGAGCGAUGAUCUUUUUCGAACUUGCACGAUCGGCUAUCACGAAACUGGAUCAAUUGGAAAUUCAAUUGAUGACAACGGAGCAUCCUCCUUAUUCCGCGCGACUCGCACGUUUUCACGCACAAGCUGUGACUACGAUAGAAGAUGUGACUUCAAAGCCCUUGUCAGAAGGAUACGCGCUACUGGAUGUUACGGGAAGAGGAGCGCCCGGUGCCGAGGGUAUAAAAAAUACGGUAGAAGAAUUGGAAAAUCGCAAGAUUCGUUUGAUGGAACGGUGUACAGCUCAUAAAGAGGAGAGCCUGGAGAUUUCGAGGAUGCUUGCCACAUUCUUGGAUAAGCACGAUGCGUUACGAACAUGGUUGACUAGCAUCGUUGAAGCCUUUCUGCAGGGGCAUCAAGAUAUGGGCAGCGAUUUGACAAUGGCACGUGAUUUUCGUGGAGUUCAUUGUCAAUUGCUCUCCGAUUUUGAUAAUAAAAGCGAGGAAGUGGAUCAUUUAGAAUUGGAGAUUCUUCCAAUCAUAGAACGCCUGGACGAGACACAGAAAUAUGAAUUGCGAUCGAAAAUAAAAAAUCUUGAAGACGAAUGGACGAAGACGAAGAUUGCGGUGCUGAAAAGAAUUGACUUGGGUACAAUUUACAUACAGUUUCACGAGAUUAUCGAAGAAUUGACUAAUGAAAUGGAUUCUAUUGAUAACGAAUUGAAAAAAUGUGAAGUAUUAGAUGAGACCAGAAUCCAUAAAGUGGAAAGAAGAUGGAAGUCUCUUCAACCUCUUUAUAAGAAACUCGAUGAUCGUGCAAAAGCAUUUCUCGAUGAAACCGGCAAUAUUGAUGACCCUUAUCUUGAUAUAUCGCGAGCUCGCCUGUGUGUUCAGACUCUUUUGGAGAAAUUUGCCAAUCGACAAUUGGUUGUGACAGAAUCAUGGGAAAAAUGGCAGACUACUAUUGAAAUUACGAGACAAAGGCGAAUUGAGUGUGAACGAAAAGUCGAAGAAAGUGCAAAGACAUUAGAGUGGAUAACAAAACUUGAGACAAUAUUGUAUCCGGUAAUUACAACACGAUCCUCUAGAAUAGCUGAUAUUCUGGAUAAUUUAAAAGAUGUUAGACUACGGAAUUUAUCUGAAUUAAACACAGCUCUUCAGGAAUUGGAUAGCAGAAUCAAAAGUAUUCGAGUAUUCAUUGAAAAAGAUGAAGUUAAAACAACUGAACAGAUCUCAGAAAGACUUGUGCAAAUGUACGAAAAGAUAAAUAUCGUCGCCAAGAAUUACGAGGCACUACUGGAAUCUUUAAUAUCCAUCUUUAAGAAUCUCGAGGAGAUUGAGCGUAAAAUUGAUCAAGCAAAGCAAGAACUUAAACAUAUAUUAAGUCUUACAAAGCCCAUUGUGGAUAGCGCAUUAAAUGAGUUCGACAUAUUGAAAACGUCUAUUGCGAAAUCUUUGCUACGGGUGCGUACAAAAUCUGAAGAAAUAAUCGACAAUAUUAGACAACAGGAAUCGCUAGAAUCUGCGACACAAGAUGUCGGAAAACUCAAAGGCGCAAUAGACUCAGUGGUCGUCGAGUUCGAAUCGUUUCAAAGUGAAACGUCAAGUCGUAUCGAUAAACAUCGACGACAUUGCAUUUUUAGAGAGGAUAUCGAAAAGAUUAACUCAGAUUUGCGCGACUUAAACGAGCAGUUGAAAAACAUGGACGAAAAAAUCGGCGACAAUUUGCCGGCGUCGAGAGCGGCACUAGCCGCUUUUGAACAAUUUGAACAAACUAUAAUAACACUGGAGGAAAGAAUUGAAACGUUUGUGAAAAAAACGGAAGAAAUGAUCGUUCCGUUAACGCCACAAAUGACGGAUGAGAUUUCAUCCCUGCGAAACAGAUGGUAUCAUCUGAGAGAGUGUGUUAAAAAUACCAAGAAACGGAUAAACUUAAGCAUUGAAUAUUUCGUACUUUUGGAGGAAGCGAAACAAUGGUUUAGGGAAGGUAGCAAACUCUUGGUGAUCGUUGCACGUAAGGCAACAACCGUAAAAGUGCCUGAAGAAGCCAUAAAUUUAAUGCAAGAGAUCGACGCUUAUAUAAAACCGGGCGAAGAACAGCAAGACAAAAGGAUCGAACAGCUCAAACAAUUAUCGACUAUAGUUUUCGGUACCGACAGACUCCCUCAAUUCAACGAAGUGGUUGUAGAGAAUCGACAAAUGUUAGAUUCUUUUGCAGUCGUUUCUUCCGAAUUGCGUACUUUGAGUCAAAAUUUGCAAAAUGCCGAGGAUCUGCGAGAGAGGCUGCGAAUCGAAAAAUUGGAAGCUGACAAGAAAUUGCAGGCUGCUAAAAUAGAGAUGGCCGCGGCGGAAGCUGCUAGAGUGGAAGCUGAAAAUGCGAGGAAACUUGCGGAACAGCUUGCCGCUGAGACCUUGGACAAAGUCGCGAUAGAGACGAAGAAGUUGAAAGAAGAGGAAGCACGAAGAAUUGCUUCUCCUGCUCUUUCUCAUUCUGUUUCUGCUCAAACCGAGGAAACAGUAAUUGAGGAAACAAUUACUUCCGCCGUGACAACCAAAGAGAUUCAUAUUCUUCAAAAGAUGGAAGUCGAGAAAAGUGUUCCGAUAAUUCAAAAAGAAGCUAGUCCACCGAGAAAACUUGUUUCCGAGGAAACACAUCGCGCUAAAAUGCACGAUCACGCUGAAGAGGCCCAAGCAGACGAAGUAGUGUCACUGGCUCCAGAAUUCAUAGUUCCCUUAAGCGAUGCGACGAUUCAGGAAGGCAAGGAAUUCAGUUUCGAAUGCCGUUUGAUUGGUCAACCGACGCCAGAAAUAAUCUGGUACAAAGAUGGAAUAUCGAUUUUGAAUAAUCCGGACUACUUAACGACUUAUGCAAAUAGCAUUUGUACUUUGAAAAUAGAAGAGACAUUCGCUGAGGAUUCGGCAAAGUACACUUGCCGCGCAUUUAAUAUUCACGGUUCUGUAGAAACAUCGGCCACUCUCACUGUCACAGAAACUGUUACUGACGAGCAACCGAGCGCUCCUGUUUUCGUGAAAGAAUUGUUACCUUCUUCCGCAAGAGAAGGAAGUUCACAUAGAUUAGAAUGCACUGUUCAGGGAAAUCCUCUUCCGACGGUGCAAUGGUACAAGAACGACACUAACAUUGAUAAUUCCCCGGAUUAUGUCAUCACAUUUAAUAAUGGGGAAGCUGUUUUAAAGUUUGAGGAACUUUUCUUGGAGGAUAAAGCCUUAUAUACCUGUAAAGCAACGAAUCGAUGGGGACAAUCAUCUACUACUGCUUCCUUAGAUGUAGAACCCGCGCAAAUUUCUACCAAGAAACCGUACUUUGUGACACCGUUGUCAAACGCUAUGGUCAGAACAGGGCAAAGAGUGAAAUUAGAAUGCGAAGCUAAAGGAGAACCAAUUCCCGAAUUAAGCUGGACUCACGAUGGAAAACCGAUUGAGGAAUCUAGAUAUCAUAGGAUUCAAACGGACGGUGCACGAACAAGCCUGGUCAUCACGGAAGCAUUUCUGAAGGAUGCCGGAUGUUACAUGGUGAUUGCUAAGAACGAGAUCGGAGAAGCUACUGCAUCUUGUACCGUUUCCGUGAAAGGACGUUUGCUUCACGAAACCAGCGAGUCCGAUAUUAUUUGUAGCGAUACAGAAACAAUAAUUCCGAAAUUUCAAUUACCUCUGCAGGAUCUCAAGAUACAAGAGGGACGAUCGGCUAGACUAGACUGUGUAAUUAUAGGUCAGCCUGAACCAGAGGUGAUUUGGUAUCACGAUGAACAACCCGUAAAAGAGUCGUCGGACUUUCAAUUACUUUUUCAAGGUGACAGAUGCUCGUUAGUUAUUCAUGAAGCUUUUUUGGAUGACGCGGGUGUAUAUAAAGUAGUCGCCAUUAAUUCUGGCGGUGAAGCUUCUAGUCAGUGUACAUUAACAGUUACACCUACAUCUCGCAUCUCGGAUGUAAUCGAUCUAGUACAGGAAACAGGAGAAGCCCUCAUUGAAGGAUCCGCGCCAAAGUUCAUCAGACUUCCGACAGAUUUGCUUGUGGCUGAGGGCGAAGAUGCGAUUUUCGAAUGUGCCGUGACUGGAGAACCUAAACCUGAUCUGAGGUGGUACUCGGACGACGGUGAAGUCAUUCAUAGCAGAAGAAUUCUGAUUGAGAAAAAGGAAGAUGGAACAGGGCUUUUGAAAAUUUUGUCAACGAUACCGGAAGACAAAGGCAAUUAUGUGGCAAAAGCUAUAAAUAUACAUGGCGAGGCAAAAGCUUUUGCCAGGCUGGUUGUAAAAACUCUCGGUGAUUUUAAGAGAAAUGAAGAAUUCAUUCAAAUGGAAGAAAAAUUGAUUCGGCCAGUGUUUAAAGAAGUAUUUGAAGAUAGAAAAAUACCCGAAGGCAUUUCGACAAAAUUUGAAUGCAUCGUCAUCGGUAAACCUUCUCCCAAGAUUCAGUGGUUGUUUAACGAUCGGCCGGUUCAUGGAAAAGAUUUCCUAGUUUCCGUUAGCGGAGAUCGGCAAGUUUUAACAAUUCCUGAGGUCGGUGAUGCACACGUUGGUACGAUUUCCUGUCUAGCGGAAAACGCGGCUGGUAGAGCGAUUUGUAGUGCUAAAGUGGAAAUUGAUAGUGGAUCGGCGAGGCAGACUGCAGGUGAAAUCGAAAAAGUGCUCGAAUUAGUUCCACAUUUUCCUGCAGACAUUAUGCAUCCUGCAAGUAGUAGCGACAAGCAUUUCUCAAGCGAGAAGAGACAUUAUGAAGGCGGUAGCGAGAGUCAAGUGCUAACGAAAAUGUCGUCUACUGUCACGCAUUCCUCGACGACGUCCACGAAGAAGGAAUUCGUAUCGUCAACUAUGACUUCCUCUUUAUCGCAAUCUGGACAGGAACCUAGCAGUGUUUGUACAAAAACAACUGUGCAAAGUUCGGAGCAAUCUACUUCGGAAAACGGAGCACCACCUGUCGUACAGUCUCACAAGAUCGAAGAGUAUGAAAAAAUUAUACAGGAUCGGCCCGGCGAAGUGCGACAAGAGAAAACCGUUCUCGUAUCUGAAGAAACGGAUGGCUUGAAACGCGACCUCAAAACGAAUCAGGUUCAGAAGCCAUCUCGGAAACCAGUAGCGCCUAGAUUCGUCUCACCGAUUACAGGAAUGAUUGUCGACCAAGGAGAGAAUAUUGUUUUCGAGGGUAUCAUCGAUAGUUUUCCACAACCGAUGGUUCGAUGGUCAAAGAAUGGUCAAGAGUUGACACUGAAGGAUAAUAUAAAAAUCAGUUACGCUCAUAAUCACGUGAAAUUGGAACUGAAAAAUGUCAAUGUAAAGGAUGCUGGACGUUAUACUUGCACAGUGAGCAACGACGUUGGAAAUGCUAGUAGCACGGCCGACCUUGUUGUCAAAAAAACAAUAUUUCCUCCGGUUUUCGGCAAACGUCUCAAGGCUCAAGUAGCGAAAAAAGGCGACCGUGUUGUUAUGGAAGUAGAAAUCACCGGUAUACCCGAACCGACGGUCAGUUGGUAUAAAAAUGAUGUCCCGAUCAUUGAACGACCACCAGAACUGAGAAUUAUUCAGCAAGGAAAUUGUUAUACAUUACACAUAAAUAAAGUCAAAGAGGAAGACGCCGGCAAAUACAUGGUACGUGCGACAAACGCUGGUGGCGAGGCGCAGAGCAUCGCUGAUGUUGCAGUUUUUGAACCGAAGCCCGAUACUAUGGUCGAGGUACAUAAAACUGUCAUCUACGAAAACAUCCAGGAUAAAAGUGCCGUCCAGUCCGAGGAGAAGAAAGAAGAAAUAUCAUCGGGUAUUUUGAUGAGCGAACAGACACCAACGAUCCAACCAAGUACACUGUUCAAGCCAAUUAAGACAUUGGCAUCGACCACAAUCGACACCGUGCAAAAGAUCGAUGGGCCGGAGAUAAAGGCUAGUAAAUCGGAAACGAUCUCGUCUAUAAUCGAAUCUCACGAAACCGAAACGAAAACAGAACAGAAGUUUCAUAUGAAACUGGAACACAAAACUCCAUCAAUCAUGGAGUCCAAGUCUCGAACCGAGCAAACAUUUGCGAUAAAGGAAGCUGACGAAAGGAAAGACCUGUCAAAGCCAUUGAUAAAAAUGGAAGAGAAAUCAACAAUCGAGAAUGAAAACAUAGAGACUUCUACGAUUGCGAAGAAAGAUGCAUUGAGCUUUUUCGAGUCUAUUACGAAAGAAAGCGAGGCUAUGCCUAAAGGACCGAAGGAAAUGAUUAAGCUAACAGAUGAGGGGCAAGUUCAAGAAGCUAAAGUUGGAAAAUUAACAAAAAAUUACGAGCAAGCAACAUUUCAAGAGGUAAAGAAAUCGACGGAAGUAAGACCGUCAGAGUUUCAAACAACAAAAAAGGCCGUCCAGGAUAUUUUCACUAAAUUGGAACAAGGACCAUCACCUCGCGGAGUAGAAAACAAGCUAUUCGAGUUUCCGUAUGAGAGUCCUAAAUCAACGGAAAUAAAAAAAACGGCUGUAGAGGAAAAAAUAAUUUCCGAUUCGUCUAUUUUACAACUGCAAACGGAAAGCUCCGAAACAAUGAUAAAAAGUUUCAAUUUAGUGCCGGAACCACCUCCCGAAAUAUGUUACAUGCCAAAGCCAGAGGAGGCGAAAAAAAAACGCCCUGAUGUGUUUGUUAAGGCAAAGCAGCUGCAGGAGUCCUUUGAUAAGACGCUUUCUCCGAUAGAUGCUCCCAUUGGAGGCGUAAAGAUCUUUCCUACAUCCACUCCGAAAUUAUCGGAACCUGUCAAACCUGCAGAACCCACAUUUAAGAUACCACCACCGUUUGAACUUGAAAAAAAAGAAGCCUUUGAAGAGACAUGUAUAAAGAGAGACGCAUAUGAAAAGAAGGAGAGUAAGUAUUUCAAGGAGGAAAAAAUGGAACCACCGAAAUACACAUCUGUAUCUUCAACGUCUGUUUUGAGAAGUACUUCUCCUAGCAGACCAUGGUCAUCAUCAUCGGACGUGGAAACUAAGUCGCAUGUAUCUACGGAUUUAUCAGAAUACAGAUGUCAUUCGGCCGCAUCUAGUCAUCAAGAAGUCUUGAGAGCAACUUCGCCUAAACCAUCCGCGGAUGCACUGGCGAUGGAAAAAUCUUGGGCGAAGAAAUACGCGGAUUCGAAUAGAAAGUCGUGGCCACCUCAGCCCGAUUCCGCUCAGAAACGCGAAUGGAAUAUUCCCGUUGAUGAAUAUAAAAGCUCCACGAGAGAGUUUACGCGGAAGGUCGAGGAGGUACCGCAAGGUGGAAUAAAAAAAAUUAGCACAGAAUCAUUUGCCGAUGUGGAGAAACGUUCGUGGUGCAGCAAAGAGGAAUUCACAGAGAAGAUAGUGGAAGGGUCUUUGCCCACGCCAAAACUUGGUCCAAUAAUCUAUAAUGCCGAGACGAUUAAAGUCGAUCAUACCGUAAAUACUGCACAGGAGAAGGCUCUGUUCGAGAAAUACAUUAGUGAGUGCAAUGUGGAAAAAGCGGAGACGAUACAAAAAUUUGAAGAAUGCAGCUCGAAACGCUUGACAGAAGACAAAGAAUUAAAAGCACCGGGUUUAGUAAAAAAGAUCGAGCCAGUAAAAUCGCUCGUAACGUCGCGUCAUCUUACGGAAACGGGAAUCGAUUCGAUCGUCCUCGAACCGGGAUCUCCUCCGGAAAUUGGAUAUAUUCCGCCACCCGCUGUAAAGAAAGAAAUAACAUUGGAGCAUAAGAUAGAAAAGAGGGAAGAACCACCGAUACUUCCACCGAAAGAUGCGCGUAUCACGCCGCCGCCUCUUCCAGCCAAGAAGCCUGUCAAACCUUCGACGCCGGUUCCGUCAAAAUUCAUUAAGGGUUCAUAUAGCCACGAGAGCGAUUACGAGUCCGAUUUCGAAGGUCGUCUGAAAGCAAAGUGGAGACCGUACGAGAGCGAUAAUGAAGAGCCGCAUUAUCGAAGAGUCAAGGCACCUGUUUUGAAACAACCGACGAGACCGAGGUCUACCGAGCCCGAGCCACUUCCGCCCUCAAAAUUCGAGACACCCCCGCUAUUCACGGGGCCGUUGAGACCGCUCGUUGCUGCGGAAUCUUCCGAAAAAUCAGUGAGAAAGACAACGUUUAAACGACACGAGAGAGAAUCCAAGCAGCAGCAGCAAAGUUCGAUUCCUUUGAAACCCGGCUCUCCACCGAUUUACGUGCAGCCAACUACAAAGAUUGCAGCGCCGAAAUCUCCUUCCGCCAAGAAACCGGAAUCUCCGAAGUUCAAGACAAAAGUUUUUCAGCAAGAAAGCGGUUACAUGGCGGACACGGACGAGCCAUUUCAACAAAAGGCUUCAUCUACGAUAACUACGACGCAGAAAUCUUUUGGUAAACGCGAUGGAUCUUCGACGAUGAUUCACACAGAGAGUCAUACUAUGAGCACGGAGAGCAGGAUGAAAUCCUUCGAAAGCCACAGUUACGAAACUGAUCACUUACGAAAAGAAGAGUCUUCUUUCGUUUCAUCACCUGUUUGUAGUACGCAAACACCUCCUAAAGUUGUUCAACAGCAACGCAGCUCUCUCGAGAAGAGUUAUUCCUCGACGACUAGCAGCGGUUUACGCAGAUUCGAAUCCUUGAAGGAAACUGGGCAUUCCAUGGAUCAAUUGCAUAGAAAAUUGGAACCAGUAGAAAAGAUUUUGCCAAUCUCUCCGAGUCCUUCGAAGUUCGUAAAAGGCGAUUUCCGCGAGAGUGACUAUGAAAGCGAUUACGAUCGCAAAACACCGCCAUAUCGUGCAAGCAGCUCUACGAAAUUUAGUGUCAUUGAUUCAGGAAAACCAGCAAAGCUGAACAAGUAUCAUACGGUAGCGGCAGCAUCGACAAAGUCGAAGACGGUUCUCUUACCCGGCUCUCCGCCGGAAAUCGCUUACGCGCCACCGCAGCAACCGCAACAACAAUUUUACGAGGCGCGUGCAAGCGCACCGUUUACAAACGCGGUGGGUACGGAAACCAAGAAAACGGUGAGGAUGGACGAGUCGACGGAGAAUGCCAGAAGAGUCGUCACCGUUGAACAAACGAGCCGCGUCAUCAAGUUCGGCGACACCGCGCCGAUCCAGAAGCAGCAAACGCAUUAUCGCGUGCCUGUACCGAAGAAAUUUGUUCAAGGACAAUUUCGUGAGUCCGAUUACGAGAGCGAUGUAGAUGCCGGUAGAAUUCGGCCGAAGUGGGCGCCGGCUGACAGCGAUACAGAGGAACCGUAUUACCGAAGGGUUCAACCGCCCGCGGCGAAGAGCCCGAGAUUAUCGAGCACUCCGGUUAAGCAGACGCACAUCGUGUCACCGAUAGAGUUUGACACCGGUCCUCCAACGAUGUCGUUGACCUCGCAGAUCCGCAGAGAGGACGUAGACGGAACGAUCAGCCAUCAGAGAUACCAGCAACAACGAACAGCUUCCGAAAAAAGCGACAGCAUCUUGCAGCCUGGCUCGCCACCCGAAUACGGAUUUAUUUCGAAGAGCGACGUAAAAAAAGCUGCGGAUCACAUCGCGUCACGUCACAUGAGUGAUAUGACAAGCAGCUUCAAAUCAAAAACUAAGAAAUUCGUGAGUGAUAUCCAGUCAGACUUGAGGCAGAGCAAACCGAUUCUGAAGCAUCCUGUCGAUUCAAGGACGACGGAUAGUGACGAGCCGAGAACUUAUAGGGAAGAAUCGCGAGUCUCCGAACACGGAACAAAACAAAUCGAUCCGGACACUGGACUCAUAUAUUUCAAAUAUGACUUUGGUUAUGAAUUUGGUAUCAUUUUGCCCGGCGAGGGUAAGAAGACGGUUGAAAGCAGUCAGAAGAGCAUUCAAGGACAGAGACGCGCCAGCGACAUAGAUGUUCCUAUAGUUCACGAAUUUACCGAAAAGAAAGCAAAUGGCUUUGCGAAGAAGAGUACGUUUUUGAAUCGCCAGGGCAAGCCGGGAAACAAAUUCGGCAAUUCGAAGACUGUCAAGUGGGAGCCGACGUCGGAAAGUGAGUUUUCUGAAGCCGAAGACACGAGACAUCUCAAUAAAAAACAAUCGAGCUUGGAAAGCUCGAUGAUGGCGCCUCCGAGUCUUAUCAUACCCAGCUCUGUAUCACCGUCAAGAUGGGAUCGCAUUACGCCUAGCCCGCUUUCUCUUAGUCCAAGUUUGCCGAGCCUAUCUCCCAGACAUAGUAGCGCUACUGGACCACCUAGCAAUGUGGACUCUGCAGGUUCACCAUGGCCGACUAGCAAUGGCGUAUCAUCGACCAAAGAAGUGAUUCAGCCUUAUCUCGACAUAUUACCGAAAAAGGCUCCCAUGUUCAUCACGCCACUGAAGGAUAUUGCAGUAGUGAGCGGACAACCGGCUAGAUUUGAAUGUAUCGUUCAGGCUGAACCGCAGCCUAAUAUUCUAUGGUCAAAGGAUCGUAAGAUCGUCGAAAAUUCUACGAGCCAUGAAAUCCAAUACAGAAACGGCGUUUGCCGUCUUACCGUAUUAAAAGCUUUUCCCGAGGAUGCUGGAACUUAUGCAUGCACGGCAACGAACAGUCUAGGUUCCACCGUAACUUCCGCCCAUUUGGAGGUGCCAGGUAACAGACGACCUAUAUACACCCCUAUUUCGUAAAGAUCUGAUUAGGAAAGGAUUGAACGGAGGAGAUCGAACGGGAUAAAAUAUAAAGGUGGUGGAAAAGUCAGUUCUUAACUUCGGUCUGUGUUGGUUUUGGAUUUGCGCAUCGUAUCAUAUUUGAUUAUUAAUCUAUCCAGUUCGCAGGCUAAUGUGGUGGAGGAAAUAACGACAUACAAUGCUCGGUAUAUUUCCUUUAUGCGAGAAAAAAAUCCUCUAAACGCUCGAAGAUAAACGAAUAUUAUAAUUCGAUAUCAAAGUGCUUUUUCUAGCUUGCUUCUUUUUAGAGAUGAACAAUGAUUUAUUGCGAUACAAGAAAAUACGAAUAAGCCGGUGUUAAAGAGUGACAGAGCAAGAGCAAACUAGCUUUGUCUCAAUGCGCAUAAUUAAUUUGUUUUUAUAUAGUUGUAUAUACGUACGAUUUAAUUUUAAAACGCAGAAACUAGUCAAUUAAAAAUCAGAGCUCAAUAAUAAUAAAAAAAAAAACAAAACAAAAUGAGAACAAGAAUGAAAAUACAAGAAUUAAAAAUAUUAUGCCAUUGGAUAAGUUAAGUAAAGCUUUUGAUCACUCAUAUAUCUACAUAUUUUAUUUCUUGUUUAUGCCUUAUCUCUAUUUCAAUUAUUCUUUCCUUUAAUUAAAACAUUAUAUUUUCGACUUUUCUUUCUAUGCGUACGUUGAUUGUUUCUUGCCAGCGUUGUUAUAUGCUAGAAUCACGAUACUCCUUUUUCAAAGCUAACUUUAUCGAAGCUAGUAAUGAAAAAUAAAACAUUGAAUAGACUAGAGGAUAAAAAACAGGUUCAUAUUUUAAUUCAAAUAUUAAUAUUAUUUUAAAUCACUCUCUACUUGUGCAUUGUGAUAUACUCUAUUGGAACUAGUCAAAUUAUUUAAAAAACAAAUUAAUAAGAAUAUAUUGUUUAUUUAUAAGCACUGAAUAUAUAAAUGUAGUAGGAGUAUCCAAUCGUUCUAAACGGCUUCUUCCUUUGUAGUUUUACAUACGUUUCCAUAUUAAUUGUCUGUAUUUAAAACGCGAGAAAUUAACGUUUUACAGCUAUAUGAAAUAUGGGAAUCUACUGUGGAAUAUGUACGACUAUGCUCUAAAUCACCAUGCUGUUAACUCCUUGCGUCGAUAUUAUUUAUUUAUAAGUACUGGCACGGUAAAAAUAAAAUUCAUGCAUUUAUAGAUGUACAUCAAAAAUGAUUCAGUCACAAAAAACAAUAAUUUUUUCUUCAGAGGAAUUUUGUAAAAGAAUAACAUUUUGUAAAUUAAUUAAGCAAUUAGUUGUCAAUAUUCAAUCGAUGAUAGAAGACACUUUCAAAAUAAAAUAUUUUAACAUCAGCAAGGAGCUAACUAUUUAUUAAUAUUGCUGUUCACACACAUAGUCACACGGAUACUUAUAUACUAUGUAAAUAAAAAAAAUGUGUGCUUUCUCUACAAUAUAAACUGGCUAUGGUUUAUGGGUAA